AUCAAACUCAAAUGUAUGUUCAAUUUUUUAGCCAAUUUCGAUAGAUUUAAUAGCAUAUACGCAGUAACUGUUAAGGAAGAACUGUUACGAAGUGACGGAUACUGUUCCGGUAAAUGUGAUGGACUUGAAUCAUGGCGUCAAACUGUCAUUCCACUCUCACUAAGUUAUCCAAAUUCUUGUAAAGGUACAAUUCAUUCCUGCUGGUUUCAAAAAGAAACCGACAGGCGGAAAGCGGCCGUUGACAAAGUAUCCAAGAUGUAUAAAGAUUAUUCAGGUGCAUACGCCGCCUAUUCAUUCGAGAAACAUGGAGUAGAAAUAAGAGAAGCAGAGAUAAAUCGGGAUCAUACUGGUAACGAUUGCACAUGUUUGUGCGAACGUACGCUUAAUGACGAGGUUGAUCGGCGUGGUGAAUUAGUUGAUUCCAUUUGUUAUGAUCCAAUUUCAGUGGAUAAUGGAUAUGUUGCAACUGGCGUGAGAUUUAAAAGACAUGGUAACGUAAUUCACCUUGAACUUCAACAAGGUAUAUUAUCAGGAGGACGAAUUAAUCCUGUUACUUUAAAGUGGACAACUGCUAAUAACUGUAAUUCAGCAAAGAAAGUGGUUUCUAAUUUCCGAAACGGUGGCACCUACGAUGGCCUUGAAAUCAUAUUAGAAGAUAUGACUUUACCAGAAAAUGCAGUUGUUACAGGUGUUACAUUGGGUCAGUCAUUGCGCGGCCGUAUGAUUAAUGACGAUGGCGAUUUCAAUGAUAAUAUGGAUGAAACUGUAAAAAGUAGUCAAUGCCAUGGAAGUACCACUGACUUGGUGCAUGGUCAUUCAGAUCUUCUGCCAUCUACGUCUUUGAUAGGAAGAAAUAACGCACUCAGUAGAUCAUGCGAACAUAAAAUAAUAUUUGGUGGAACUGCUGAGAGAUCAGAUCAUAUACAACACGUUGUGCCGUAUGUUGAUUUACAGGAGAUCGUUACCGAUCAAAAUUCACCUCAGCCUAUUCGUGGAAUCGGUUGGUAUUAUCGCGGUCACGCUGGCUAUGGAGGAUUUUUGGCUCUCAAGAUAUUCAAAUAA